UUGUGGCCGCCUGCCGCUACGUGCCGGAUGGGCUACCUGCUUGCCGGAAAAGCAAGGAAAGGGAAAACAACCUGGGGAGAGGUGCGGCCAGACAGAGCCACGGGAUCGUACAUAGGGUGCGCCCGGAUCGGCCGUCGAAAAGUGUCUCGCGCCGUCUCUGUGCCUCCCGCCACAAGCCAACUCGCAAGCCAGCCCGCCCGCCUCGAGCCUAAAAAGGAACUAAGAGACGCAGGCUCUCGAGCAGGCGGUGCCCCUGUCGCCACUAGGGGGGUCCCAGAGGGGUGCGCCCGCCCUCGGCCGACCUUCCAUUGCUGAGUUACCGCAACCACACCCACUGUGUCCUCGCGUUCCACGUUGGCCCCACCAUCAUCUCCAUCGAGCUCAACCACCCGUCCAGCCGUCCUUCAACCCGCGUGUUGCUCGCAUUCCUGCCGUGCCCAGCCUGCAACCCAGCUUCGCGGCCCAGAAGGCAGGUCCUCGCGGCGCAGGCCCGGUCACCGGAUUGUGGGUCACGGACUAGGGACCGCAUCCACACAACCUUGCUGCGUGCUUCUUGUUGUUUUUGUCCUUUUUUUUGUUGGCUUUUAUUUCUUCUCUUUUUUACUUUCUACCUCUGGACGUCUUCAUUUGCGGCAUCGAUUGGUUGUUUCCUGCGCCUUUUCUCCUUACGCUGAUUUUUUGUCUUGUAAUUUUUUUUUGGUUGAUUCUCUCCGUCUCGAUCUGCCUCCCAUUCGUCGUUGCUUGGCUCGUUACUCAUUCUUUUUCGUCCCCUGUUGGUGUGCAAUCUUGCAUAAGGAAAAAAAAAAAGCACGGUGUCGCGGUGCUCUUUCCCUUCGCACACCCCACCCCGGGCCUGGUGGUCCCUGCUCUUCUGUGUAGGCUGCGGCCUUCCUGCCUCCCGGCUGUCUGUCUCCAUCUCCUGUGUCGUCAAUGCUGGGUUGGUCCUUUUGAACCGGCGGUUAGCCUCUCCGCAUCACACGCACCAGCCCAUACGUAACAGCACAUACGUCGCCACACCUUGAGCUUGUCUCGACUCGUUUACUGCCCAUCCGACCUUGACAGCCCCAACACCCCAGGUGCCCAAAGACUGGCCGAAGCAGCACCUGCCUUCUCUGCGCACACUGCGCCUAGGGGAGUCUUUGCGCGCUGCUAUUACCUAGCAGCGCCCUCCGAUUCUGCAGCGUUUGAGGCCUGCCGGCGACGAUUUCGAUCGGGCCCCUAUUCCACAACAGUGCGCAGGCCGCCGCCAGCCCGAGCCUGCGGAUACCGUGCCCAUUUCUUCGCACAGGGAGGGUCCCAGCUGCCUGAGCUCGCCUCCAUCUCCCAACGCUCACUGAUUCUGCUCGAGAUCGACUGCCGUGUUUCUCCUCGACCGACCGACUUGCCACAAAGCCCCGACCAGAUGAACAGUGCCUCGGCAUAGCUCCACGACCAUCGUCUCCAAGGGCGCCGUCGCUCUUCCUGACCUGCUCUUCCUUUUUGUUCGCCAUCUUCCACCGUCAGAAAACCAUCGGGCCGCCCAUCCAAUCGCUUCGUGCAAGCUUCGAAUAGACCCUCACGCUGGAGACUGGGCGAAGGCUGCUUCCCGACCGACGAGAGAACGGCACCGAGAAGGCCUGUCAUUGGAAAUAAAAGAAGGCGAGCAACGAGGGGGAAAUUUGGGAUCGGGAACCCGGAUUCCAAGCGAAGAUUCCGCAAGCAUCCAAGAUGUGUUUCGGGGGACGCGGCCACCAAGACGAUGCGGGCGCCGCCCGGAAUAGGGAACUGGACAAGGCCAUUCGCGCUGAUGAGAAGCGCCUGGCUAAAGAGGUCAAGCUGUUACUGCUCGGCGCCGGAGAGUCGGGCAAGUCGACGGUCCUGAAGCAGAUGAAGCUCAUAUACACCCAAGGAUUCAGCAAAAACGAGAAGCUCGAGUGGAAGCCCGUCGUGUACAACAACAUCAUACAAUCUUUCAGAGUCAUAUUCGACGCCAUGACCGAAUUGGGCAUUCAGUUCGAGAACAAGGAGAACGAGAACAACGUGGCGCGCCUAUUAGAAGACCGAGAAAUCAGUGCCCAGGAUGCGCUGCCAAUCGAAUUCCUCGAGCCCAUCAAGCAACUGUGGGUGGACGCAGGCGUCAAGAGGGCCAUCGCCAAAGGAAACGAGUUUGCCCUACACGACAACCUUGACUAUUUCUGCGAAGACUUGGAUCGGAUUUGGGACAAGGCCUACGUGCCAACAGACCAGGACCUCCUCAGGUCACGAUUAAGGACAACGGGCAUCACCGAGUCGGUGUUCGACCUGGGUCAGCUGACGUACCGCAUGUUCGACGUGGGCGGGCAGAGGUCAGAGCGGAAGAAGUGGAUCCACUGCUUUGAGAACGUCAACUGCCUGCUCUUCCUCGUUGCCAUCUCGGGCUACGACCAAUGCCUUGUUGAGGACAAGGACGGGAACCAAAUGAACGAGGCCCUCAUGCUCUGGGAGUCCAUCGCCAACUCGCACUGGUUCGCCAAGUCAGCUCUGAUCUUGUUCCUCAACAAGAUGGACCUGUUCAAGGAAAAGCUUGUCAAGAGCCCCAUCACCGAGUACGGCUUCACCGACUACCACGGCCCCGUCGACGACUGGAAGCAGGCCAGCAAGUACUUCAUGGAUAAGUUCCGGGCACUUAACCGCAACCCGGAGAAGGAGAUUUACGGCCACUUCACCAACGCGACCGACACCAACCUACUCAAGAUCACGAUGGGGUCCGUGCAGGACAUGAUCAUCCAGCGAAACCUCAAGCAGCUUAUACUGUAAGGAAGGCCCGCCGACCAAACACCUACCUAAUUGCAUAUCUCUUGGCGAAGGGGUGCAAUAAUAACACUCUGGGCGUCGGCCUCGUAUACGAAAAGGAUUUGAGCACACAGCACCCCUUCCCUCCGCUCACGGCACUAUACAAUAUCUGCCUUGUGCCUACCUCCCUACCUCCACCUACCUUAUGCUGCGCUGGGCCCCAUUUUAGCUGUGCCCUCGCACUCCCUCGGCCUCCCUGGCGAUGAAUCAGCAUCAGCAAGUCAGACAACCAUACAAGCUUCAGAUACCCACGGUCGUCGACUACGGAUUUUACUUGAUUUUAUUUUCUUCCACCUUCUUGCUCUUCUCCGCACCUCAUCAUCUCCCUCUCCCUUUCCUUCCGUCGACUCUGCGAGCAGGCGUCCCGCAAUAUAUUGCAGUUCCUCUUCGGUUCCUCGUAUUUUGGGUCACCUUCCCACUUCCCGGCUCAUCACCUUUCGCAUCUCUUCCUGUCUGGGUCCGCCUUUCACGUUUGCCAUUGGGUGGUACAAAUAGUCGUACAAAAUAAGUCGCAACCUUGUCGCUUUUCCCCUUGAUUGUUAUUCAUUAUAUCUUGGUCAGCAUUUUGGAAGCUUUGGGUAUGAUAUAACGAGCCGCCGAAGCCAUGCAAACAGUUGGUGCGUUAGACCGUUGGCGCGGGGGCCUGUCGCUCGCAUUGUGGACAAGGGCCAGAUAUGGGGGUGUUUUCGUGUGUAUAUUUAUGCUUGGGAUUCCCAGUGAUCUAGCCAGCGAUGACUCUUGGUCAAUGUUAGCCCGUGGUAAUGGUUGGCCGGUUGCCAGGUGUGUUUUAAGGAGGACACCGCAUUGUGGCCAUGGUGUUUCGACCACGUCAUCGCGUCUAGCAACACAAGUUAUUCGAACAAAAAAAAAAAGCCAUUAUGAGAUGAGAAAUAAAGGACUGUGCUUCUAGAGAAA